CUUCAUCAUGAAUGAUAUCGCCAUAGUUACAUGCAGCGCCCCAAUAAAUAUAGCGAUUGUAAAGUAUUGGGGUAAACGCGACAACGAACUGAUCCUACCUAUCAAUUCAAGUCUGAGCACGACACUCAGCCAGGAUGAUUUCAAAACAGUAACUACAGUCAUGGCCAGUAAAAGCUUUCAAAGAGACAGGGUCUGGUUGAAUGGCAUAGAACUAGACAAGCUUGACCGAAGGUUGCAGAACUGUAUCCGGAACCUCCGCGAGAAAGCAAAUGAAAGGAAAAACGAAAGGAAUUUUCAAAACAUGUGCCUGCAUAUUUGCAGUUACAACAACUUUCCUACAUCUGCAGGACUGGCAUCGAGCGCCUCUGGCUAUGCCUGUCUUGUAUAUGCUAUUGCCUCACUUUUUCACCUUGAGGAAAGGUGGGCAGGCGAACUUUCUACCUGCGCCCGCCUGGGCUCAGGAAGCGCCUGUCGUAGCAUGUAUGGUGGAUGGGUCAAGUGGGAAAAAGGAAGAAACCAAGCCGAUGGGAACGAUAGCAUAGCCGUCCAAAUAGCUGACCAGCGCCAUUGGCCAGAUAUAGUAGUUUUAAUUCUUGUUUUUUCUCAACAGCAAAAACCAAUCAGUAGUACAGAAGCUAUGCAAAGAUCUAUGGAGACAAGUACAUUACUCCCUUAUCGAGCAGAGCAUAUUGUACAUCACAGAAUCGAGUUAUUAGAAAAUGCUAUUAUGACCAAAAAUUUUGAUACAUUCGCGAAACUCGUUAUGCAAGAAUCGAACCAAUUUCAUGCUAUCUGCCUCGAUACCUAUCCUCCAAUUAUGUACCUGAAUGAGCAAUCCAAAAGUCUAAUCAAACUCCUAUCAAAAUAUAACGAAUACCACAAAAUGAUCAAAGCCGCGUACACUUUCGACGCCGGGCCCAAUGCGGUCAUUUACACAUUGAAAGAAAACUUUCAGGAACUCAAGCGCGUUUUGAAUUACUAUUAUCCACGCUCGGAAGCAGACUGGGAGCCAGAAUUGAUUCCAGACCAACUUUCAACCUACCUUGACUUGCCCGUAAUAAAAAAUGCUCUGAAACAUAUCAUCUACACAAAUAUCGGCGGUGGACCCAAAGUAUGGCCAUCUGGUCCUCACUUGCUCGAUAUCGCCACGGGACUUCCUUAUGCAGAAAAGGUGCACGCCCCACCCCCUGAACCAUCAGAACCAUUUUGACACAUAAAAGCGAACUUCAAUAUGUGUCUGUUAUUCGCCAACACAAUUUAAGAAGCCGUUUUUUUGCUUUUUUUCUUGGUAGGUGUCAAAUGGUUGAUCGCCAUUCCAGAAGCGGGCACGCUACGCCUUGCCGAAGUUGUCGUAUUCGAAAAAUACUCUAAUUUUUCGUUUGGGCUAUCUGUCCACUUAUCAAACUGCUGGGAGAUCAUUUCGUCGAACGAACUGUUGUCAAAAUCCAGCAUCUUUUCAAGGUCUUUUCGGAAGUUGAUUGAGAUGACAGCUUGCUGCUUGGUCACUUGGACUGACAACUCUUCUCUAUAACUUUGAUUGUAGACUAAAUAAUAAAGUACAGAGUUGAGGUUAGCUAAGAUGACCGGAAUA